AUGAGCAGGCCUCCAGCAACACUGCGCAAGGUCGGGCGCGUGUUGGUGCUACUGGCUUUCUUCUUGGUGUGUCAGCGAGCGACGCAGACGGCGCGGGCUUUGCUUGGAGCGGGGGCCGUGCCGUUUCCAAGGUCGGUUCCUCCGGGAAUAUGGGCACAGAACUUGCUGGUCGCACGCAGGGCCAAGGCUGAUGGCACUUUGGGCCGUGGUGAGGCCGAAGACCAUGAAGACGUCAAGGGGCCUCUGCAACCUCGUGAAGACGAAGAUAAGGCCUCAGAGAAGGAUCAGGAUGAGGUGGAAGAGGCGACGACCGAGGCGUUCUUGCUGGUGAGGGCUUCACAGUUCUAG